UUGGUGGAAAGAAAUUGAUCGGUCCUGCUACCGUUCCAUGAAUUGCUACAUCGAUACGAGACGACUACUUGGUGCUUUUUUAACAAUCUAUUACAGCUAGAGUACACCUAUUAGACGUAUAGAAACGAGUAGCCUUUGAAAAAUCCCCUUCUAUCGAAUUAGUUUAUUACAGCAGAGUUUGCAGCGGUGCAAUUGUUAAUUAGGUGGAUUUUAGUUGAUUUCUGUGUCAAGACAAUGUCGGUUUCACCGUCUAUAAAUAGAGGAACUGAUAAGACCUUAGAUGUAAACAAAUAUGCCACAAAGAAAACCAUCGCGCAAGGCCUACUGGAUGUCGCCUUACUCACUGCAAAUGCCUCACAACUCAAAUACGUCCUGCAAGUUGGAGAAAAGCAUGAAUUCUACUCACUAAUGCUCAGUUUAAUCAGUAUAUCGAUAAUUUUACAGAUCGUUCAAGCAUGCUUAUGUGUUGUCCUGGGUUCAGCUUACAACAUCAACAAAGAAGGCGACUGCACAACAGCAAACAAAACAAAUAAUAUUAUUUUAUGUACCAAUAUUGGAAUAAUGGCUGUCAAUGUAUUAAUUAAUAGUUUCGAAAUGAAGGAAGGUUCCAGUAAUUUUCCUCUCAGCAAUAUAACAUUACUUGGUCGUCCAAGUUCUAAGUAGAUUUAGAAUAAAAACAAAACCAAAAUCAUUAACUUUAAAUAUAUACUAAGAGUGUAUACAGAGAAAUCGAAAAAAUGGCGUCAAGUGGACAAUCACAUAAAAUGCGAGUAUUCAUUUCCAAGCCAUCUAUGACGCCGUUUUUUUUUCGAUAUAUAGGUAUAUUUGUCACAUUAAUAUAAUGUUCGGUUUAUUCUGACUUUUAAUUCUGAUUAAGUUAAGUUUGUAACUCUUUUUCUAAAACUAUAUUUUGUAUCCUAGUAUUAGGCAAUUCCAAAUAAAAAAUAUUUUAUAUUA